GUAGCAGGUUUAUGCGAAAUUCCAUAAAAAUGCCCCGCCUCGCCGUUUGAGCUUCCCCCGACCUUGCUUCACUCUUCCGGCACAACAUGUUCGAUUCCGCUGGUUCUGAACCCUAGCUCCAUCUUCAGGUGUGAUAUCAAUAUCUAGUUGGGGUAACCAAGAAAAUGGAGAAUGGGGAACAUUCGAAUAAAGUCAUGGAAGGAGAGGAAAAAAGGAUCUUUCUUAAUUCUGAUUACAAAUUAAAAGAAAAAUUUUUACAGAUAAAUGGUCCAAAAGAUUUGAGAAGUGAACGAAGGGAUGUUGAUGAUUUUGAUACAAAGAAUCCUGAAAAUAUAACUGAUGCUAUUGCUGGAAAGGCUUCCGUCGAGGAAGAUUUAAAGUUAGAGGGAUUAGAUGGUAUUUCAGAUGAUAGUGAGAGUGAUUCCGUUGCCUUGUUCAGUGAUGAAUCUGCUGAUGAAGAAACAUCCUUAUCAGGAAGUGAUGAUGAAAGGAUUUCUGAGGCACCUUUAACUGAUUCAGAGAUUGAAGAAUUAAUAGAAGAGUUUCUUGAACUUGAGAGCAAGGCUUCAGAAGCUCAAGAAUCACUUGAGAAGGAUUCUCUUGCUCAGGUCGAAAAGGAAGUUAGAGAAGAGCUCUCACAAAAUCUUCAUGGGGAUGCUCUUGAUCUUGCUGUAUCAAAUGAAAUGCAAACAUUCAGAGAGGAAUGGAUGGCUGUGCUUGAUGAUCUCGAGACUAAGAGUGCUCUGCUAUUGGAGCAACUCGAUGGUGCUGGAAUCGAGCUCCCUGCUCUGUAUAAAUGGAUUGAAAGUCAAGCUCCUAAUGGCUGUUGCACUGAAGCUUGGAAGAAGAGGAAUCAUUGGGUUGGUUCCCAGGUUUCCAAUGAAACCAAUCUAUACAUUAGGGAAGCUGAAGAGUACCUCCAAUCCUCUCAUCCUGUACAGAAGAAACAUGGCAAACUUCUGGAGGUUGGCGCUAGUGGAUUUCUUAUGAAGAUGUUCUCUGUUGGUGAUAGAAAUAAAAUAGGAGAUUGGAAUUCAUUCAGUGAAUUUAUUCAGUCUCAGAAAUGUUCCGAGGGUAAUUCAUUUGGCAGCAAGAACUGGGCGUCUGUUUACCUUGCAAACACACCUCAAGAGGCCGCUAAAUUGGGUUUAAAAUUUCCCGGUGUUGAUGAGGUAGAGGAGAUUGGAGAUAUUGACUUUGAUUCAAGAGAUCCAUUCUAUUGUGAUGCAAUUGCAAAUGAAAAAGAACUUGAUCUCUCUGAAGAGCAAAAGAGAAACUUCAGAAAGGUACGGGAAGACGAUGAUGCCAAUUUCACACAUAAAUUACAUCAGCGCUUGAAGCGACAACGACAAAAAAUCAAAAGAUGCAGGAUGCCUGUUGAUAAAGAUGCCCUCAGUGGUUUUUCUUCAAAUGAAUGUCAAGUAGAUUCUACAUUGCAAAACUAUCCUGAAAAUGGUUCUGUGGAUGUUAAUAAUGGUGAUAUAUCUGCAAAACCUAUUGGGAAUAAUAUGGAUUUUACAAAUAUACCUGAAAGUACUACCCACAAUUGUAAUGGUGACUGGAGUCGUUCUCCUGAUAUUGAGGAAUUUGAACGAAAGAGCAAGCGUUGCAAGACUGUUUUCAUAGACAGUGAUGACGAUGUCCUAAUAAUGGAGAAUCGUGUUGUUCCGAGAGCUGAUGGUGCAUCCGACACAGAACUUCACUCACCAAAGAAAGUUAAAACUAUUGAUAUUAUUGAUAUUGAUAACAUGCCAUCUCCAGAUCUAGAAAACAAUACAAAUCUUGAAAAAGAAAAAGAGUUUUUGUGUACAGCGUGUUUUGAUACCCUUAAGAGUUCUCUAGCGUGCAGGCAUCCACUUUUGGGAGUUGCUGUCUGUGGACGCUGCAAAUCUGUUAUUGAUGAAAAGAUGCAAGUCAAGGGUACUUUCUCAGGUGAAUUCUGUGCAUGGUGUGGAAAAUGUGAUGACUUGGUGAACUGUAAUACUUGUAAGAUGCUUUUCUGUGAAACAUGCAUAUCAAGGAAUUUCGGUAAAGAAAAUUUAUCAGAGGCUAAAGCUAAUAAUUGGAGUUGUUACUGUUGUUUACCUAUUUUAUUGCAUCGGCUUAUAACCGACUGUGAUAAGGCCCUCGGAGUUUUGCCCACAUCGAGCUCUGACAGUGAUUCCACCUUUUCUGAUGCUGGCAUCGAUGUAUCAACAAGCAAGAGGAGCAAGAAAAAAAUCAGGAGAAUCCUGGAUGAUACCGAACUUGGAGAAGAAACCAAGGAAAAAAUAGCAAUAGAGAAGGCCCGGCAAGAAUAUCUAAAAUCAAUGCAAGCACAGGUUACUAAUAAAUCUCAUGGUAAAGCUCUAGCAGAAAUUAACAUAAGCACUUCACCAAUGGAAAAUACCCGAAUGUUAGAUGAUCCAAGAGAAGGCUAUGUAGUUAAUAUUGCUAGGGAGCAUGAUGAAGAUCCUGUUAGAAUUGCCCCUAGUCUAUCUACGAUGUUGAAGCCACAUCAGGUUGAAGGAAUAAGAUUUAUGUGGGAGAACAUUAUACAGUCUGUAAAAAAGGUUAAAUCAGGGGAUAAAGGUCUUGGAUGUAUUUUAGCCCAUACCAUGGGCCUUGGGAAAACUUUUCAGGUGAUAGCGUUUUUGUACACGGCCAUGAGAAACGUUGAUUUAGGUUUGAGAACUGCACUUAUUGUUACUCCGGUAAAUGUGCUUCACAACUGGAGACGAGAAUUUUUGAAGUGGAAGCCUAGUGAUUUGAAGCCUUUUCGUGUUUGGAUGCUUGAGGAUGUUGCCAGAGAGAGAAGAUCAGAACUACUUGCGAAGUGGAGAACUAAGGGUGGCAUUUUUCUGAUAGGAUAUGCUGCUUUCCGAAACUUAUCUUUUGGACGACAUGUGAAGGAUAGGAAUAUUGCUACUGAAAUUUGCUAUGCUUUGCAAUAUGGACCAGAUUUUCUGGUUUGUGAUGAGGCCCAUAUGAUCAAGAACAAAAGGGCGGAUAUAACCCUUGCUUUGAAACAAGUGCGGACACAAAGAAGAAUUGCUUUAACGGGAUCUCCCCUGCAGAACAAUCUGAUGGAAUAUUAUUGUAUGGUUGAUUUUGUAAGAGAAGGAUUUCUGGGUAGUAGUCAUGAAUUCCAGAACCGGUUUCAGAAUCCCAUCGAGAAUGGGCAACACACAAAUUCUACUGCACUUGAUGUAAAAAUUAUGAACCAAAGAUCACAUAUUUUAUAUGAACAGCUUAAAGGAUUUGUCCAACGAAUGGACAUGAAUGUGGUUAAGAAAGAUCUACCUCCAAAGACUGUUUUUGUAAUUACCGUAAAGCUUUCUCCAUUGCAAAGAAAGUUGUACAGAAGAUUCUUAGAUUUGCAUGGAUUUACUGUAAACAAAGUUUCUUUCGACCAAGGAAGGAGGCGCACUGGUUUCUUUGUAGCCUAUCAGACUCUCGCUCAGAUAUGGAAUCAUCCCGGGCUAUUGCAAUUGGCGAAAGAGCACAAAGAUGGCUUAAAGCGAGAGGAUGCCGUUGAAAAUUUCAUUGUUGAUGAAUCAUCGAGUGAUGAGAAUGUGGAACAGAGCGACAUAAACAAUGGAGAAAAGCUGAAGUGCAAGAAUAAUUUUAUGCCUAAAUUGAAUCAUGAGGAGAGUGAGUGGUGGUGGAAAGAUCUUCUUAAUGAUAAGAUGUACAAGGAAGUUGAAUACAGUGGUAAAAUGGUUAUACUUCUUGAUAUCCUAUCAAUGAGUUCGAAAAUUGGUGAUAAGGCAUUAGUGUUUAGCCAAAGCUUGACGACACUCGAUCUGAUUGAACAUUUCUUAUCAAAAUUACCCCGAAAAGGAUCAGAAGGGAAAUAUUGGAAACAAGGCAAGGAUUGGUAUAGGUUAGAUGGAAGAACCGAUGGUUUAGAGAGGCAAAAGCUUGUUGAGAGAUUCAACGAGCCGACAAAUACAAGGGUAAAAUGCACACUAAUAUCUACUCGAGCUGGAUCUCUGGGAAUAAACCUUCAUGCCGCUAAUCGAGUUAUCCUCGUCGAUGGUUCAUGGAAUCCAACUUAUGAUCUUCAAGCCAUAUUUCGUGUUUGGAGAUAUGGGCAAAAUAAACCUGUUUAUGCUUACCGGUUAUUGGCACAUGGCGCCAUGGAAGAAAAGAUCUACAAGAGACAGGUGACAAAGGAAGGGCUUGCCGCUCGGGUUGUCGACCGGCAACAGAUACAUCGAACCAUGUCGAAAGAGGAGAUUCUUCAUCUCUUUGAAUUCGGAGAUGAUGAAAAUCUUGAUAUUCAUGAAGAAAAAGAAGGGAAAAUGGUUUUGCUUAAUCAAGCUAAACUUAAACGUUCCCAACAGAACUCUCUUCCUGGUGUUUCCCACUCUGAUAAGAUUAUGGAAAGCUUACUCAGCAAACAUCAGCCCCGGUGGAUCGCAAACUAUCACGAACAUGAAACCCUUCUACAAGAGAACGAAGAUGAGCGACUAUCGAAGGAGGAACAAGAGAUGGCUUGGGUUAGUUUUCAAAGAUCUCUCAAAUGGGAAGAGGUUCAUAGGGUAAAUUAUGACGAAAAUAUGGAUAGAAAAUCGUCGACCCCUCAAGUUUCUUCGGUAGAUCCUCCAGCUCUUCCUCCUUUUCCACCUGCUCAUCCUCCCCAACAAAGCAAAGGAAGCUCAAGAAGCCAUCAAUCUUCCCAUCAGAGAAAAUGUAGUAAUCUUGAUCAUUUAUUAACUUUAAGAAGCAAGGGAAUCAAAUCAGGUUCAAGCACUGGUUGUGAGAAAUGCUCUCAAGAGAUCAGUUGGGAAAACCUUAAUAGGGAUGGGAAAAACAGAUAA